UUGAAUAUGAUGCCACAAGCUUGGUGCACCUAUCUUUGGUCAGUUUUCCGGAUGCACUGUAUGUCCUUGGACACUACAGCAAUGCUUGUCUCUACAUGACAGUCAGAAGUCUUAGUAAGUCAGCCUUCCUCUUGUAUACAUCACUGUGACACAGAGAGUAUUCCUGUCAUCAUAUAAAAAUACGAAACUCAAAAUUUGCUACUUUGUCAGCCUGUAUCUUACACAGCGGUGAAUGCUGACGAAGGUACGGUGGUUGUUUUAUUACUCCUUUUGUAACAGUGUGCAUUAUUUUUGACUAACCAAGUGUGAAUUUUUCAUGAAACUGUGGAAUUUUCUAAUAUUUAUUUCUACUGUUACACAAAAACAACUUUCUUAGAGGAGCUCAAAAUGGUCUUUGACCUCACCCCUUAGGGAUCCAAGUCUUUGUUCGUCAUCUUCCAGAACCCCGGUGACACUGUGUUCUGGGAAAAGGUGACUGUUAAGGAGGCCUCUGUGUUUGUAUGAGAAUGUGCACAAAGUUCACUCAUGUGCACAGGUUGUGACUGUCUUUAAAAAUCUCUGUCUGGCUGAAUAGAAGGAAGCAGCUCUGACUUCCUCAGGAAAAGGGAAAAGGAAACAUGGGGCUUUGACCUCUCUGACGGCACCAGAGUCGUAAGACGACUGACAGCAGAGAGGGGUGGAAGCAGGGAAGGGUGGACACAUGUCUCCCUGUGGAAGGAGACAAAUCUGAAAUAAGCAGAGAGGAAUCUGGUACUGACAAAACGUGGCCUGGGGUUUGACUUUUGGGAUUUGCGUGGAGAUGAAACGUCUCCUCAGAGCCCUCGGCGCUCUGCUCUGCUGCUCGAUGUCCUUGUCAAAUACUCUGGAUCCUGAUGGGAAGAACGUCUGCCAGAAUAUCAGUGAACCAUCCAAACUGGUGUGUUGCACUGGAUGGCGUCAGGCGGGAAGAGAGUGCACCAUACCUGUGUGUGAGGGUGAGGAUGCCUGCCUGAAGGACGAACUGUGUGUGUAUCCCGGAGUGUGUCGCUGCCCACCGGGCUACUACGGUGCUCACUGUAAAACCUCCUGCCCUCCUGAGUUUUGGGCACCAGAUUGUCGUGAGGUGUGUAAGUGCUACCCACACGGCCGAUGUCACCCUGUCACCGGCCAAUGCACCUGCAACGCAAACCGCUGGGGUCCGCUGUGCCAGUUCCCUUGCAAGUGCACUCGCCACGGACGUUGUCACCCUCUGCACGGAAACUGCAGCUGUGAUGAAGGCUGGUGGACGCCAACCUGCUCCAAACCAUGCCACUGUGCCAGUGGGGGCUCAGUGAGCAGUGCAUGUGACCAGCUAACAGGCCGGUGCCAGUGUUGCCAGGGGUACUGGGGGCAAAAGUGUUUUUCCCCUUGCAAGUGCUACCUGUCACCAUGCCAUCAGAGGACUGGAGCAUGUGAGUGCCUGGAAGGAUGGUGGGGGCUAAGCUGUAACCAGCCCUGUAACUGUGACCUGGCACACAGCAGCUGUGACCCGGCUGAUGGACAAUGCCUUUGUCAGCCAGGCUACCAUGAUGUCUACUGUAACCGGUCCUGUGAAGCUGGAAAGUAUGGCAGAGGGUGUAACAUGAGCUGUGGACACUGCAAAGACGGCCAUCGCUGUUCUGCCACCGAUGGUGUGUGUGCCGCCUGUAAGCCUGGUUGGAACAAUACACGAUGCGACCGCCCUUGCCCGGCUGGCUAUUACGGAGAAAGGUGUGGCAAGAUAUGCCCACACUGCAGGAACAAUGAGCCCUGUGAUGCAGAAACUGGGAACUGUCGGAGGUGUGACCCUGGGUGGACUGGGCCCAGGUGUGAGGAGGUCUGCUCUGACAGGAUGUAUGGUGAUGACUGCAGCUUCCGGUGUAGCCCUUGUUACCAUGGUAACUGCCAUCAUGUGACAGGAAGAUGUGUCUGUCAGGCUGGUUUUCAGGGAGAGAGUUGUAACAGCAGCUGUCCUGCGCUGCAGUAUGGCCUCAACUGUUCCUCUGCCUGCGACUGUGGCGAGGGUAUCAGCUGCCACCCAGUCACUGGCACCUGUCUCAGCAGUGGCCGUGGUGCUCUGUUAGCGGGGGUGCUGGUUCCUUUGCUCCUGGUGCUCCUUGCGGUGUUAUGCUGCUGUUUGUGCUGUGGUGGAAGCCCCACUGAUAGCAAAGAUAGGGUGACAGUUGGUGAAGGAGACGUGUUAGCAAGGAUGAAAUAUCAUGUCUACAGUGUCCUCGCUAACAUUGGUGCUGCCCUCCCUUGUGUCUCUGAUUGGUCCUCGGGGCUGCCUCGCGUCACUGUAUCUCACCAUGAUCCAGAGGUAACCUUCAACCACAGCUUCAUUGAGCCACCAUCAUAUGGAUGGGUGACUGAGGGGUCGUCCUUCGACAGUGACGAGGAAGAGGGAGAGGCGCUCUAUUGUGUUCCUCCAAGAGAAGACAUUCCAGCAGUGGCUGGUGGUGAGUUCCAGGAGAUGGCCUCAAAAUGUAACAUGUUCUUAGACCCUUCAGGCUUCAGCAACGAAGACAUCGCUUCACCCUUCAACAUCCCACGUACCUCCAGCAUUGCCAAGUCCAAGCGACCAUCAGUUUCCUUUGCCCAGGGCACCCGUUUCAGCCCUAAGGAGAGGCGUGGCUCAGCUCAGGACUCCAGCACCCUCCCUGGACACCUUCGUACCAAACCUAAGUCUACCUGGGGGGCACUGAUGCUCUCAGCUCUCCAAAGUCAGGCAGGAACAGCUAAAACUGGGGAGGAAGGUGCACCUGAAGGUGAGAAGAGGGAGGAUGGGGUGGAUGGAGAGGAAAUGGACAACCAGGAAUCAAAUUGCGAGGCAGCAGAUUUGGAAAAUGGGCAUGCCACUUCACAGGUACCUGUGAGAUCAGGACAAAGAUGUACCACAUCCAACACUGCUGCUCAUAAAGGAACACCAGUGCCUGGACCAGCCUGUGAUGCUCAGGUUGGGAUCUCAGAUAAGGUCACCACAGUCUACGUGACCGUGGGGAAGGCAGGUCGACCUGUGUCGAAGGUAGAGUCCUUUUCUGAAAGCCCUGUUCAGGCUAUGCUGCGGCGACUUGGCAGCCUUCAGAGACAAAGGGAGCAGGAGUCUGACAGACCCAAGAAUAAAAGCACUGAAGGGAUGAUGAAACCACCCAGGAGGAAGCUUGGAGCUCGGGCAAGUAUGUGGGAGCAGGGAAGACAUUCUGGAGAGGUUCGUGUGUGCAAGCCCAUCAGGAAGAAGCAUGCUUCCUUCAACUCCUCUGACACAGUGGAUGCUAAAGACGCACCACCAUCUGAGACUGGAACGCCAACAAGGCCACUCUCAUCCAUUUUGAAGAACAUCCCAGCAGUGGUUCCAGCAGACUCUGGAUUAGACCUGAAAGCAGAAGAAGCCAAUGGCCAGGGCAGUGCUUUCUGUACGGGACAAAUGGAGGCCAACUACCUGACUAUAGGACCCGCAGCGGAUAGUUCAAAUCUCACUCAGGACAUCACUGAUGACGGUGCAGAACCGAACUAUGAAAACGUCUUCAUUAAACCCCCACAGCCUCUGACAGACCGCAGAGGGUCUGACUCAAAUACAGACGCAUGAUAGUCCAAUUCUGACUGUAUUAGUAUUAAUAAUAACAAAGGAAACUCUAUACAAUAACUGUAAACCUCUUUGUACUUUUGUUCAAAUGUACCUAAAAAAAAAAGUAAAGUAUGUUGUAUUACAUUUACCAUUGGAGUAAUGAAGCAUGCUACACAAAAUCGUCUUUUCUAAAGAAAAACUCAGGCUUUGCAUCUCUAAAUCAUGCUGUUUAUUCAAAUUCUUUGAUAACAGCAUUUUAUGAUGAAUUUGCCUUAAUUUCUAAGGAUUACAAUGUAAAAUCUGAAUUUCAAAGAUAAAUGAUACAAAACGCCCCUGUGAUGUAAUCAUCAUACUAUAAUUUGAGAUGUAUUUGUGUGUUUGCUCCAGAUCCUUUGGAUUUCCACCUAAUGUGGAUGAAAGAAGACACUAGAAUUGCCUUUUAAAGGGUUUGUUUUGGCAAAAGGUCUUGGUCAUUGAGGUUAAAGGUCAAAAUUUUAGUUUGUCUGUUUCUUCCUCUCUUUUUAUUGUAUGGUUGUUAUUUUUAUUCAUGUUUUAUGGCUUUUAAUUUUUGUUUUAUUUUGUUUACAAUUUUAUGUGAAUUAUGUCUUUUAUAGUUUUGUUUUGUUUUUUUUGUACAGUGCUUUGGUCCACUGUGGUUGUUUUAAAGUACUUAAUAAAUUUGGUUGGUUAGUUGUUCCUCCCA